UUUUUUCUCUUUCUCUCUCCUGCCCGAGCUGCCCGCCCCCUAUGUUUGAAACUACGCCACCUGCCCCCGGUUCAAGGAAAACUUUCCCUCUUUCUCAAGCAGUCUCUCUUUCCACGCCCUCCUUCCUCUCUCUGGCUUUUCGUCCAAUCCCUGCGCCUAUUUUGACCAACUGGGUCUCUGAAUAAAUUUCAUUGUUCAGCUUAGGACCAUUUUUUGUUCAUUUCCAAGAGCUUUUUCUUAUGAGCUUAGGGAACCAGUUUGAUGGUUUUUUCAUUUUUCAAUUUUUAUUUUUUUUUAUUGUGUUUGUCAAAAAAAAAAUCAUUUUGUAGUGGGGUGGUUGGAAAUGAGCUCCAUGUGGUAUGAAUAGCAUGUGAAAUAGUUUUCGAGGCAUUGAAAUUUUGAUUCAAAGAGUCCUGAGACGAUGGGUUUGGGGCCUAAUGCUAUGAAGGUUGAGACUUGGGAUGUCAGCAAAUCGGGGAGGAAGAAGAAUGAUGAAGCAGUGGAAGAAACUGGGUGUUGGGUUAAGUUUGCUUUUAUGGGCUGCAUGCCUUCAAGAUCAAAAGUUGAUAACUCCAUGAGUGGGACUACCACUUCUUGUUUGGAAAGUAAAUAUACAAGUGAGAGAAGUGCAGACGAACAAGUUGCUCAAGUUGGGUCAUCAACAACCACUAGUAAUGGCGAAAGUACUGUAUCCACACCUUAUUUUAGUGAGGAGCUGAAGAUUUCUUCACAGCUCCGAAAAUUCACAUUUAAUGACCUUAAGUUAGCAACUAGGAAUUUCAGACCUGAUAGUCUUCUUGGAGAGGGAGGAUUUGGUUGUGUUUUCAAAGGGUGGAUUGAGGAGAAUGGAACUGGUCCUGUGAAACCUGGUACUGGACUUACGGUUGCUGUCAAGACCCUUAACCAUGAUGGAAUUCAGGGUCAUAAAGAAUGGCUUGCUGAAAUUAAUUUUCUAGGUGACCUCACUCAUCCAAAUUUGGUUAAACUUAUUGGUUUCUGCAUUGAGGAGGAUCAAAGAUUAUUAGUCUAUGAGUUCAUGCCUCGGGGAAGUUUGGAGAACCACCUCUUCAGAAGGUCCCUGCCUCUUCCUUGGUCUAUCAGAAUGAAAAUUGCUCUUGGUGCUGCAAAGGGCCUUGCCUUUCUUCAUGAAGAAGUUCAAAGGCCAGUCAUAUAUCGUGAUUUUAAAACAUCUAAUAUUUUAUUAGAUGCGGAUUAUAAUGCCAAACUCUCGGAUUUUGGACUUGCCAAAGAUGGACCUGAGGGAGAUAAAACUCAUGUAUCUACACGAGUUAUGGGAACCUAUGGUUAUGCAGCUCCCGAGUAUGUAAUGACUGGACACCUGACAUCAAAAAACGACGUCUAUGGUUUUGGCGUAGUUCUGCUUGAAAUGCUAACGGGUCGGAGGUCUAUGGAUAAAAAUAGACCAAAUGGGGAGCACAACCUUGUAGAAUGGGCAAGGCCACUUCUUGGAGACAAGAGAAGAUUCUAUCGGCUAAUAGACCCUCGUCUUGAAGGUCAUUUCUCAAUCAAAGGUGCACAAAAAGCUGUCCAGCUAGCUGCUCACUGCCUUAGCCGUGACCCAAAAGCUAGACCCGUAAUGAGUGAAAUUGUUGAAGCCCUGAAGCCUUUGCCAAACCUAAAGGACAUGGCCAGCUCUUCCUAUUACUUCCAAUCCAUGCAAGCCGCUCGCUCCAGGGCCAUCUCAAAUGCCAAGAAUGGUGUUAGAACACAGGCAACAUUUACAUCAAGAAAUGGACCACCAGCAAGGAGCUUGUCCAGCCAAAAUGGUGCCCAAGCUUCUCCAUACCACCAUCCAAGCCCAACAUCAAAACAAAACAGAAAAGCAAAAGAAUGAUAGCAGACACAGCCACAGAAGAUCUUUUCAUCAUUCCCCAUAUAUUUUUUACUUUUACCUUUUCUCUAGCAAGUACUUGGAUGAUGUGACAAGAAAAUGGAGUUAUGAAGUUCGACUGUAUUAUUGUAUAACAUCUAAGUUUAUGGGAAUUAAUAUUACAAUUAACAUUAGAGGAUGUUAUUUUA